AUGGUGACAGUUAGAACUGUACUUUCACUAGCUGCUGCUAAGGGGUGGCAUAUUCAUCAAAUGGAUGUGUACAAUGCUUUCUUACAAGGACAUUUACAUGAUGAAAUCUACAUUGAUAUGCCACAAGGAUUUCACAAUCAAGGGGAAAAUUUAGUAUGCAGACUGAUUCUAGAAAUCAAAACUGCCUUACAAAAUGCCUUUAAGAUGAAAGACUUGGGUAAACUAAAGUAUUUCCUUGGAAUUGAAUUUGCAAGGUCUAGUAAAGGAAUCACUAUGAAUAAAAGGAAAUAUGCUUUAGAACUUAUUUCUGAGGCUAGACUAGCAACAUCAAAACCAGCAAAUACACCAAUUGAUAUCAAUGUCAAGUUGACAUCUAGACAAUAUGAUGAAACUUUCAAAGAUAAAGUCUGCAUAGGGGAGGAUCCUUCUACUGAUCAAAUUGAAACCUUCAGUCAAUUUCUACAAGAUCCAAAGAAAUCCCCUAUAGAUGCAGCACUGAGAAUUGUGAGAUACAUUAAGAAGCAACCUGGACAAGGAUUGCUCCUAUCUAGCAAGUUUAGAAAUGAAAUAACCGCAUUUUGUGAUGUAGAUUGGGCUUCAUGCCCCAUUACCAGAAGAUCUAUUACAGGAUUCAUGAUAAAAUUUGGAGACUCUCUUGUAUCUUGGAAAUCAAAAAAGCGGACAAUUGUGUCAAGAAGAUCUGCUGAAUCUGAAUAUAGGAGUAUGACAACAACUGUAGCUGAGUUAACCUAG